AUGUGAGCCCGGUCGGAGUUCGGCGGCCUCGACAGAGUCAACAGCGCUCAGCGCUCGGCUCGGCAUGUUUUCGGACAGUUUCGUAAGGCGCGUCGUCGUCAUCGCCGGAUAACGGUGGCGUGGGUACUCCGACGUCGAUUGACGUCAUCCCGGUUGUCGGUCGCUCCGAAAUAUAAUGCGCGCCAGUGGAAAAAGUCGCGCUCUCGCGUCAUAUCUUCGUCGCAUCGUCGUUAACGCGAAGUGCGCGAUCGUGUGAACAACAGGAAAAAGAAGAGGAGGAAGAAGAGACGUGACGAAGGUUUCAACGUCGGCGUCGUGAGAAGGUCAACCUCUAUCGAGCGCUUCGAGAGGCGACGUCGCGCGGCCGAUGACACGUCUAAUAUAAUCUACGAAAGGGGGAAGAGUGGCGGCAUCACGUACAAUACAUACAUACAUAUGUCGUCUACUAGUAUAUCUUUCUAUCGACCUCCCUUUUCUCGAGCACGCCCUUGGACCGAUCGCGCCGGUUCCCCACGGGCCCCUUUUGCGCUCUUCCCUCUGUGUCUCGUGACAUUACGUGUGUUUGUUUUGUCUAGCAUUUAUCUAUUACACUACUAUCGUCUGAUAUUUAUAUAUCUGUUUGAUUAUUAUAUAAUCUUUUGACCUUUAUUUCUUCAAUACAAGUAUAUAGAUAAAGAUUUUGAAAGUAUCUGGGAUCGCAGAAAUGUCAAAGAAGCCCAGCUGUAAGAUGCUGGUACAUCAGGUGUCGGCCGUGUUGCCGGAUGACAGGCCAAUAACUGCCAUUAGCGUUGUGGAAGACAUAGAAAAGUGCCCGCCGAAUUUCACAGUGGUAUCGAGAACUUAUGAUCAGGAUACCGACGCCGACCUAUGGAGAGAAAGCGGUCUAUUCAUUAAAAAGAAAGGUAGAUACAUCUGCUUCUCGAAAACUGAAGGUCCGCCCGGUUGCGUGGUCGAAGAUAUCGUAGUGAUUAACGAACGAGACACUCCGCCGGAAGGAUAUAACAUGAUCUCGUAUACCAUAGAUUCGAGGCAAAAGGCCUGGCGGAAGAAACAGGUGUGCUAUAAAAUUAGGAAUAAGAACUCGUGCGCAAAAGCAGUAACGGAUAUUAUAAUAUGCAGUAGGAUAAUCCACAAGGACUCCAAAUUGGCUCCUAUUGGAUUUUCCGCUGCUGGUGUUAUAAACGGUGUUCGCGUGUGCUAUAAAACAGUAGAUAUCGUAAACUCGGAUUCACAAUCAUAUGUUAAUAUAGACUUACUACAAAAUUCUUCCCCGAAUCCUUCGAACGGAUCUCCUCACAGACCAGCCCCCGAGAGGCCCCCGAAACCAAAGUUCUCGCCAAAACCACCAAUCAACGGGAUUUAUCCGCAAAUUGGUGGCGCAGCUAAGGACAAUGACGAGUCCGGCGAUCGAGAUUACGAAAUACUGAGUCUUAACGCGAGAAUCAGGCCCACGAGGCCGGCGCCUCAACCGCCCACGUCCGCCCUGCCCGCUGUCGGUUCGAUGCCCGUUUACGGCACACUUCCGGGCUCGUCCGAUCUCGAUGGAGUUCCGUUCGCGCUUAAUUCUCGUCUUAUCAUUAAUCAUCCUGAUUCUGCAAGCAACAAACUUCCUGUUAUCAAAGUGUGGACACAAAGGGAUUUGGACAGAGAGUUCUUCUACGACUUCCGUGCGGAGAGGGAGACUUGAAGAAUGCGACAUUUGUACCAAAACUAACUUUCCGAGUUUUCGUGAGCGAGCCCUUCCUGCCGUUAUAUUCAUACACGUUUGUAUCCGAUACAAUAUUAGCCAAACAAGCGUAAAUGGAGUGCCUGAACGAAUGAUUUAUACGAACGCGCGAGAGAAUAAAGACCGUAUGACGCUUAAAAAA